AUCAAAAUGGCGGCUUUGCAGGAAAGAAAACUGCAGGAAGGUCUUCAGUUGUUAAAAGAGGCCGAAAAAUUUGAAAAGACCAGCUGGUUGAAAUGGAAACCUGAUUGGGACAGUGCAGCAGAUAAAUACAUGAAAGCUGGAACAUGUUUCAAAACUGCCAAAUCUUAUGACAGAGCUGCUGAGGCAUUCAAAAAAGCUGCUGAUGCCCAUUCUAAUUCAAAUGCCUUGUUCCAUGCAGCAAAGGCUUUAGAACAAGCUGCUUCAGUACUAAAGGAGAUGAAAAAUGUCACAGAGGCUGUUUCUUUGGUGGAAAGAGCUGUUGAGAUGUACCGACAAAGUGGUAAUCCAGAUACAGGGGCUUUUGCCCUCAUCAGAGGAGCCAAGUUGUGUGAUAGCAGUGAUCCAGCAAAGGCAGCUGAGCUUUACAUCUUAGCUAGUGAAAUGAAUGUUUCUGAAGACAAAGUUAGGGAAGCCAUUGAACCUUUAUCAAAGGCUAUCAACCUUCUUUUAAAAUUGAGGAGAUUUCCAGAGGCUCUGAAUGUCAUGAAACAACAGAGGAAACUAUAUGAGCAAAUAGAGAACUUUCAAAUGAUGUCCAAGGUUGUUCUGAGCAUGGUUGUUGUUCAUCUUCAUGAGAGUGACUAUGUAGCAGCAGAUAACUGUUACAAAGAUUCUUUUGAAAUUCCUGGGUUUGGCAGUUCAGACGAAGCAGUUGCAGCUGAAAAAAUUUUGGACUGUUUUGAUCGCAGUGAUUCUGAUGGAAUGAAAAGUUGUACAUCACAAGCCCUCUUCACAUACUUAGACAAUGAGAUUGCCAAGCUAUCUCGAAGUUUACGUGUUCCAGGUGACACAGGAGCUAAAGGAUUCACAGAAAGAAGACUUGUCACAAAUUUAAAUCAUCAUCAUUUGAAAACUGACAUGCAGCUGUCUGCAAAUCCAGUAUCAAAUUCCACAGGUCAAGAGAAGCCAGGCAAAGAACAAGCCAUAGAAGAUGAGUUAGAGGAAGGUGGGCUCUGUUAAGUUUGUGGAGGAAAGAUAUACCAACCAUGGCCUGGAGGUGGAAAAGAAUUUACAAUUUUCAAUCAAUAUAUUUGCUCUGGAAAUUAGGAUGUGGAGAUUGUUUGUGAGAAUAUGAUCUUUAAGCAGACUUGGUAUCAGGUGCAAAAUCUCAUAAACACCCUCAGCCUUACUAGCAGAAAUUUUCUAUGUUAUGGAGAUUUCAAACUCGACCAAGUUUUCUUUUUUUCAACUUGUUAACCAAAGGGGUAAGGUAGAAAUAAAUUCAGGGCUGACAUAAAUAGUCAGUGAAACUAAUUGCUGGAAAUUUAAAAACAUGCCCCUUUCAUAUGGAAAAUGUUGAAGGGAAUUCUCAGAAUUGGGAUCUGAACUCUCAUAAGGGAUACUAGGUGUGAAAUAUAGGUUGCAUGCUGUUGUUUAUGCAAUGGAAAACCAAAAAAAAAAUAGGAAAAUUCUUCUGGAAGUCAAAUGUUGUAAGGUUCAAAGAGUGUGGACUUCAUCAUUUUCUAAAAUAUUUCAUCACCUUAUGUUUUUUUAUGACUUUUUUUUUUAUCCACAAUGAAAAUGUUGACAAACAAAAAAUUUACAUUACUAAACUACUAUUAAUUCAAAGAUCUAACAAAUAAAACAAAGUGACAGAUAUCACUUAGAAUUAGAUUGUGCAUUGCUUACCCCUAACCCCCCAAAAAACUGGAAAAUGUUUGUGCUUUUCUCUAAUUGGUCAUUUACAAUAACUUUUGAAAGAAAAAGCUAAGCUUUAUGUUUGUCAUGAUUAUAGAAAAAAGAAAUUUUUUACCUUUAAAAGCUUUGACUCUAAGAGAGUGCAGCACAGAAUUCCUGCUCUACACUGUUACUUAAUUAUGUGCAUGGACUCAUUAGUGACUAAUAAACUGUUAAUAAUAAACUGAAAAGUUAAUUGAUACUUGAGGUACUGGUUUAGCUACAAAGUCUAUCCAAAUAAAAUAUCUUAGAUCUCAGAAAUACUUAAAUAUCAACUUGAUAAUUAAAGGACCACAAAGACAGGG